UGUAAUGGUCUCAUAGAUUGUUUAUGCUGCAGGAGUCUGGAGCCCACCGCUGUGUACAUCCCCAGCCGCCCCACAGCUGGCACUCAGCCCGUCUCUCCUGUCCUCGCCCGCGGGUGAUAGCCCCCACGCUCUGUGCAUGGAGAGUGAUUUAUUUGAGGAUGUCCGGAUUAGCUCCUGGUCUUCUUUGGAUGUUGAGGAUCCUGUUCUGCCCCCGACCUUCUCUCUGGAUCACAGCUACCAGUCACAGGGUAAGAGCAGCGUCAGGCUUCCUGGAGUUUGGAAUCACACCCAGCAACUACGGAAUGAAGUCCACACUGUGGCCACAUCUAAGAGGCAACACCAAUGGCCAUCGGCUGAAAUGGGCAGACCUCCCCAAGUGUCUGGCCCUAAGGGCAGUGUCAGGAGGCUGCUGGCGCACUCCUCCUCAUCCAGUGAUGACUACAAUAUGGAGAUCCCUCGUCGCGGUGUUAGCGUGGGGAAGGGGAUCACACAGAAGCCCCGUGGAAUCCAGCAGCUGCAGCGUCUCAGGAAGAAGUGUGUGAAUGGAUUCAUCAUGUUCUGCAGGAUGAACCGGCAGCCUUACCUCAGGGCGCACCCUGGGAAAGCCUCCACCGCCGCCACUAAGGAUCUAGCCGAGCUGUGGAGAGUCAUGUCACCUGCAGACAAGCGCCCGUACUGUAUGAAAGCGCUGCACUUCAGUCUGCUGAACGACCGCUUGGUGAAACGCGGUUCUCCGGUGAUUCCAUGCGAGGCGAUCUCUCCACCCAAGCCCCUGUCUGUUCUGCUGGCAGAGAAUGCCGCCCAUCCGCUGACCGGCUGAUCUCCCUGUUCUCCCCAAUCACUCUGUUAUUCCUGUUACUCAAUAAAUGUUACUUCCCGGUAUCCCGCUGUCUGUAACGUCAUAGUACUAAUGUUACUUCCCGGUAUCACGCUGUCUGUAACGUCAUAGUACUGAGGUAUAUAUAUAUACUCAAUAAAUGUUACUUCCCGGUA